AUGGAGGACGCAAAAGUCGCCGCUUUCAUGGCAGCAGUUAUCGAAAGCACUCGCUGGAAAGCUUGGUUGGAAUCACGUGACCCAUAUCCUUCCGAGUCUUGGGCGCAGGAAGAGCUGCAGUUGCAGAGGGAGCACCUCCACUUGCAUCUGGCCGGAAAUCUGCUUCUCGCUCUUCUGCAUGGCUUGGAACGUUUCCAUGCAGCUUGGUGUCCACGACGAGCACUUCAAUGCCAGCGUCGCCAAGAACUUGCCGAGGUUUGCCCGUCCUGCAAAGAAUUCCAACAUCUCGAAUUCGAACUCCUGCAGUCAGAGGCUUGGCAUCCCAGAGGAUGA